CCAACAUUCAAGCUUCGCUGGAGGAAGACGAUUUCUGGUCCCUCGGUUGACGGCCUAAUAUUCUAAUUCUACACGGCAUGAUGAUUAUACAGCUAUAAUGCAAUCUCUUUUACGUCUACGAUUGAAUCCGACCAUCCUCGCCCAAGGGCGGAGGUGCGGUUCUUAUCCCCAUACUCUGCGAGCUUAUCCCUUUACCUCCCAGCCUUCAAUUCGCCUCGCAAGCACACAAUCGAUCUCGAAGAAACUCGAUCUUCUCGCAAUUGACAAGAAGUGGCAGUCGAAAUGGCAAUUAAACGGAUCCCGACCUCCCCCGUCCACCGGCAACCAGACGGACAAGCCUAAAUCGUACAUUCUAUCGAUGUUCCCCUACCCUUCUGGUACGCUGCAUAUGGGCCAUUUGCGAGUUUACACCAUUUCAGAUGUACUGGCGAGAUUCUACCGGAUGCGUGGUCAUGAUGUUCUUCAUCCCAUGGGGUGGGACGCGUUCGGGUUGCCGGCGGAGAAUGCGGCAAUCGAACGAGGCAUUGACCCGGCUGAUUGGACCAAGGAUAAUAUCGCAAGGAUGAAGGAUCAGCUGCGGAGCAUAUCGGCUUCGUUUGACUGGGAUCGUGAACUCGCGACCUGCGCUCCCGAAUUCUACGAGCAUACACAACGUAUUUUCUUGAAGCUAUAUGAAAAAGGACUCGCAUACCAGGAUGAGGCAUUGGUCAAUUAUGAUCCGAUCGACAAGACAGUGCUGGCGAAUGAGCAGGUGGAUGCAAAUGGGUUUUCCUGGCGCUCUGGAGCAAAGGUCGAGCAGCUAAAUCUGAAGCAGUGGUUUUUCCGCAUCACGGCAUUCAAAGAGUCACUCUUGAAAGAUUUGGAUUCUUUGGCGGGUGGCUGGCCGGAGCGCGUGCUUUCUAUGCAGCGCAAUUGGUUGGGAAAGUCUUACGGCGCAAAGAUCAAGUUCUCCGUAGCACUGAACGGUUCCGAUGGUAUCAAGCUUGAUAUCAACGUCUUUACUACCCGACCGGAUACACUCUACGGAGUCGAGUACCUCGCUCUCUCUUUGAACCAUCCCAUCGUCCUGAAGGCCGCGGAGAAGGAUGAAGAACUGCAAAAGUUCUUGGUUGAGGCUGCAUCGCUGCCCCCAGACUCAAAAGCAGGUUACAAGCUGUCAAAUGUCAGCGCAUCCCAUCCAUUGCGCAUCAUCGACAAGGAAAGUUCCCAUAUCGCCCGGGAACUUCCUGUGUUUGUUGCCCCCUACGUUCUCAGUGAUUAUGGCGAGGGUGCCGUGAUGGGUGUUCCUGGCCAUGACUCUCGGGAUAUAAUGUUUUUCAAGGAGAAUGUCAAUCCUGAAUUCAUCCCCGUGGUCAUUAAGCCCGAACAGUCGACCGAGGGCAGCGACGGAACCGGGGAUAGCGUCGUCUCUGCAAGUGAUGCCAAAGCUUUUACUUCAGAUGGCUUCUUAACCUCUAGGUGCUGGAAAUACCAAGGCCUUCACUCUCGCGAAGCCAGCAAACAGAUCGUCAACGAUCUUAAGCAAGUUGGCCAUGGUGAAGCUGUUGAGCAGUGGAGAUUGAGAGAUUGGUUGAUUAGUAGACAGCGCUACUGGGGCGCGCCAAUUCCGAUCAUCCACUGUGGUGACUGUGGUCCUGUCCCUGUUCCAGCGGACCAGCUGCCAGUUAAACUGCCCAAAAUCGAAGGAGAUUGGCUCAAGGGCAAGAAGGGCAAUCCCCUCGAGUCAUCGGAAGAAUGGGCGCAUACUGAAUGCCCAAGUUGCGGAGGUCCCGCGAAACGGGAUACAGACACUAUGGACACAUUCGUCGACUCCUCAUGGUACUACCUCAGGUUCUUGGACUCUGCGAAUAAGGAACUUCCGUUCUCUCCUGCGUUAGCGCGACCCGUCGACGUCUAUAUUGGCGGUAUAGAGCACGCUAUCCUGCAUCUCCUUUACGCACGAUUCAUCUACAAAUUUCUGGCUGAGUCCGACUUGUUCCCUGAGAUUGCCCGGGCAGGCAACCUUGCAGCACCGUGGGAACCCUUCAAAACCCUUCUUUCCCAGGGAAUGGUCCACGGUAAAACAUUUUCGGAGCCGUCGACUGGCCGGUUCCUUCACCCUUCGGAAGUCGACCUCACGAGUCCGGACAAGCCACUCGUCAAGGGUACUAAAGUUACACCCAAUGUAUCCUUUGAGAAGAUGUCGAAGAGCAAACACAACGGUGUGGACCCGACCGCCUGUGCACUGAGAUACGGCGCGGAUGCUACUCGGGCGCACGUUCUUUUCUCCGCCCCAGUAAGCGAGGUUCUUGAAUGGGACGAGACCAAGAUCGUAGGAAUUGAACGUUGGUUUGGCCGAGUUUGGAAGCUUGUGCUGGAUGCCAGAAAUAGUCUGACUUCGGCGUCGUUUACUCUGUCGCAAGCGGAUUUGAACUCCUUGUCCGGUCACGCCGCAUCGCUUCCCUCGUCCUUGCAGGAACUGAGCGAUAGUGACGCUGACGCUGUUCUUUCCACCCACCGGACCAUCUCGUCGGUCACUAACUGUGUCGAAAGCAACCCCUACGGGCUGAACACCGUCAUUUCUGACCUGACCAAAUUGACAAAUUCCCUACUAUCGUCUCCUCCGACAUCCCCCCUGGUGCUUUAUCUUUGUGUAUCCUCUCUCCUCCGUCUUUUGGCUCCUGUCGCCCCGGCACUUUCUUCUGAGUGCUGGGAGGUCCUCAAUGGCUCGGUUCUGCGCGGGGCUGACCCAGAAAUUCCGGCGAUCUUAAACUCCGCCUGGCCAACCCCGCUUCUAACCCUGGAGCAAACUGAUGUGUUGUCGGCCCGCGGCGGUCAGACCAUUGCCGUUCAAAUAAAUGGCAAGCUGCGAUUCAGUGUGACGAUCCCACGAAUGCUCUCUCCAACAACGCCGACCGAGUCUAGCGGCGCUUCUGGUUCCGCGACGGAUGAACAGGACUGGAUUAUCAGUCGGGUUUUGAAGACGGAUGAGGGUCGAACGUGGUUGCGAGAGAAAAAUGAUUGGGAGAAGAGACGACGGGUGGUUGUGGUCAAGGGCAAAUUGGUGAAUGUUGUGUUUUAACCAAAACCGGCGGGAAUUGCUCUGUACAAUGUAAAUAUAACACAUGAAUGUAUAUUAGACUGCGUAUCGCUGCCAAGAACCUGGAUAAAAUUCGGGUGACUGUUCCAUUGGGCAUAACUGAAGGUAUUGUAACU